AUGCGUCGUGCACUCAAACAAGUAGCGGGGAUCCAGGCCGACCAGGAAAAGAUGUGUCGCGCGCUCAAGCAGGUAUCGGGGCUUCAGGCCGAACUGGGCGAGGCGCAGGAUUCUCUAUCCGCCGGAUCCGCUGAGUGUGAUCAAUUGCGUCGCAUCGUAUCGUAUCGUGACGUUACGUUGGACCAGAUGCGAGUUCAUCUCGCGGACGUGGUUUCCAUACGUGAUCGCGCAAUACGAGAUCACUUGACCAUUCGGAAUCGCAUGGCAUUGCUGGUGUCUGGAAAAUCUUCAGUCACACCGACGGAGGUGGGAUAG